CCCACUCUGCCCAUUCUGGUGAUAAACUUCUGUCCCGCUUAAGUUCACUUUUCCCCAGUCCGAGAGGCUCAUGAAAGGUAAACCGACAAGUAAAUCCAGUCCGGGUUUUAUCUACCUUCUGUCCAACGGUGAAACAUAGGUGCCCAUUUUCUCUCCUCUUCCUGCUCGGACUGAAAACCAAGUGAGGAGAUGAAGGAUUGCACCACACUUCACCAGAAAAUACAGAUACCGCAGAUAGAUCCUGACCAUUGCCCAAGGAAUAACUGCACAACUGUGGGAAGACAUCCAGUCCCUUCACAGCAUUGCUCAACACAGAGAAGGUUGGGCAGUGAAACCAUCAUCUGGAAAUCAAUCGGGUCAGGGAAGCUUUCAUCAGAUCUGAAACUGGUCAGUGGUGUGGAACCUUCCACCAGAACCAAUCUUUCCGAAGGUUCGGCUGUGGGCGAUCGGUCAGGGUGAACCUGGGAAUAAUUGUGAGUGGCUCCAAGUGUGGUGAAAGCUUCAAUCAUUCAUUGAGUUUCAUAAACCAUUGACACAUACUUAGAGUUGAGAAGCUGUUCAAGUGUGAGAUGUGUGAGGAAGGCUCCAUAGGCUCGUAAGAUCUCAGAAAACGCAGACUUAUCUGUUGUCCAGCCUGAAACACAAGGACAACAGAUGGAAGUGAAACCGUUCAAGUGUGAGGUGUGUGACCGAGUCUUCCCAAAGUUAUCGACACUCGUGCAACAUCGACACAUCCACACAGGGGAGAAACCAUUCACGUGUGAGGUAUGCGACAAAUCCUUCACAUGGUCAUCGAACCUCCGUGAGCACCAACGCAUUCACACAGGGGAGAAACCAUUCACAUGUGAGGUGUGCGAUAAAUCAUUUAGGCAGUCAUCAGCCUUCUCUGCACACCAGCAUAUGCACACAGGGGAGAAACCAUUCAAGUGUGAUGUUUGUGACAAAUCAUACUCCUGGUUAAUGAACCUCUGUGAACACCAACGUAUUCACACUGGGGCAGAAGAGGUCAAGUGUAAGGUUUGUGACAAAGGCUUCACAAACUUCAGGAGCCUCCAGCUACAUCAGACAAUCCACACAGGAGAGAAACACUUCAAUUGUGAGGUUUGUGAUAAAGCUUUUGCGACGUCUUCAACCCUCCUUCGACACCAGAGGAUUCACACAGGGGAGAAGCCCUUCAAGUGUGAAAUUUGUGAGCUGGCUUUUUCCCAAACCUCUGAUCUCCUGAGGCACCAGAGGAUUCACACAGGGGAGAAACCCUAUAGGUGUGAGGUGUGCGAUUGGUCCUUCACACAGUCAUCGACGCUGGUAAAACAUCGACGCAGUCACACUGGAGAGAAGCCAUUCAAGUGUGAGGUAUGUGACAAGUCAUUCUCGGAAUCAUCGCACCUCCGCAGCCACCGACGCAUUCACACUGGAGAGAAACCAUUCACGUGUGAGGUGUGCGACAAGUCAUUCUCGCGUUCAUCGACACUUCGCGCACAUCAGUGCAUCCACAUUGGGGAGAAGCCAGUCAUGGACAAGGCUCGUAAGAUCUCAGAAAACGCAGACUUAUCUGUUGUCCAGCCUGAAACACAAGGACAACAGAUGGAAGUGAAACCGUUCAAGUGUGAGGUGUGUGACCGAGUCUUCCCAAAGUUAUCGACACUCGUGCAACAUCGACACAUCCACACAGGGGAGAAACCAUUCACGUGUGAGGUAUGCGACAAAUCCUUCACAUGGUCAUCGAACCUCCGUGAGCACCAACGCAUUCACACAGGGGAGAAACCAUUCACAUGUGAGGUGUGCGAUAAAUCAUUUAGGCAGUCAUCAGCCUUCUCUGCACACCAGCAUAUGCACACAGGGGAGAAACCAUUCAAGUGUGAUGUUUGUGACAAAUCAUACUCCUGGUUAAUGAACCUCUGUGAACACCAACGUAUUCACACUGGGGCAGAAGAGGUCAAGUGUAAGGUUUGUGACAAAGGCUUCACAAACUUCAGGAGCCUCCAGCUACAUCAGACAAUCCACACAGGAGAGAAACACUUCAAUUGUGAGGUUUGUGAUAAAGCUUUUGCGACGUCUUCAACCCUCCUUCGACACCAGAGGAUUCACACAGGGGAGAAGCCCUUCAAGUGUGAAAUUUGUGAGCUGGCUUUUUCCCAAACCUCUGAUCUCCUGAGGCACCAGAGGAUUCACACAGGGGAGAAACCCUAUAGGUGUGAGGUGUGCGAUUGGUCCUUCACACAGUCAUCGACGCUGGUAAAACAUCGACGCAGUCACACUGGAGAGAAGCCAUUCAAGUGUGAGGUAUGUGACAAGUCAUUCUCGGAAUCAUCGCACCUCCGCAGCCACCGACGCAUUCACACUGGAGAGAAACCAUUCACGUGUGAGGUGUGCGACAAGUCAUUCUCGCGUUCAUCGACACUUCGCGCACAUCAGUGCAUCCACAUUGGGGAGAAGCCAGUCAUGGACAAGGUGUGAUAAAUCAUUCUCAGACUUAUCAUCCCUCUGUACACACCGACAAAUUCACACGGGAGAGACCUUUCCCAUGUGAGGUGUGUGGCAAGUACUUCUUGAGAUCCUCGGAUCUCCUGUUCCAUCAGAAGAUCCGCACAGGAGUGAGUCUUCAAUUGUGAGCUUAGCAUGGGGAAAGCUGUGCUCUAACUGCAAGAAGCUGAACCACUUUGCACACAUGCACUUCAUCAGAUCAAAUAAGAAAUUGUAAAUCACAUUCUUGGAACAGCCAAAAAGGAUUUUGAUGAAAGAAAGAAUGAGUUGUUGGCACUAAAAGAAGUCAUUUUGAAGUUGUUAUCUGAAAAAGGGAAUUUAAAAUGUUUUGAGUCUGGAAAAUAAACUUAGAAAUGAGGAUGUGCCUACAGCUAAAGGAGGAGACAGUUUAACUAUGGACUUAACUGAGACUUUCUUUAUAGAGUUUAAAGAUGAGAAAGUUACAGACAUGGAGACCAGUGGGUUCAAAAGCUGAAAUCAGCACAGACUGUUUUAAAAAGUGAGCUUGAAUAUUCACUUGCAAAUAAGAAUGAAGAAUCUUCUUUUGCAGAUGGAACUUUGGAUAUCCUUGUUUCCCAUUACAGCAACAGAUUUACUUCAAUCUGUGUAUGAACUAGUUAAUAAAAGGCCAAGGAGGGAAUCCUGAACAGUUUUAGUUUCCGUCAUUUCCAAAGGAAGCGGAAUAAAUAAAGGAUUCACAAUAAACUGAGCCCGAGACUGCACAGAUCCACUGUGAGCAGAAUUCAAACCUUUGGGAAAACUCCAUCGGAUUUAAGAGUCCAAAGUAUUUUCCACUUGAUAACAGAGACUGUGAAAGAAUGAUGCAGAAAUAAUUCUACAAUGAAAGUCUGAAUUAAUGGCGGAUCAGCUGUGAGAGGUGGUGCUAUCCUGUAUGUCACUAACUGUCAGACAUUAAGUAGCUGCCAGUGUGUGAGGUGUCCUGCCAUGGCUCCAGUUAUUAGACAAUUAUCUACAUUUAUCUGAAAUUAGAUUAAAACUUGUCCCUGCUCUGAACAAAAAAAAAAGAAUCUCUUCACCAAUCAUUUCAUCCCCCUCUUACUACCAGACUCUCCAAUUGAAGAGUGUUUUUUUGUUUUUGUUAAAGAAAUAAAUUACUUACUGGUUA